AUGGUGCUUCAAUCCUCGAUAUCGCAAUGGGCGGCAUUCAUCGCACUGCUGUGUGCUGGACUCGCCAACGCCCACACCGUCAUCACGUACCCAGGCUACAGAGGAAACAACCUCCACACCAACGGCAGUGUCGAAGAGGCAAAUGGCGGAGGAAUGCCGACAUCCACCAACCGAACGAAAUGGCCGGUCGGAGGCGGCGCUGUUGCCUUCCAACCUGGCUGGUUCCAGGGUCAUCAAACCGCCCUCAUCUACAUCAACCUGGGCCUGGGAACAGUCCCUCCGAACAUGAGCCAUCCUAUGAUCUCUCCCUUCCAGAUCACAGGUCCGACCAAUAACCCUUAUCCCGGUACGAUCUGUCUGCCACAGGUCCCACUGCCGGCGAACAUUAGUGUGAGUCCAGGCGACCACGCCACUAUUCAGGUUAUUGAGACUGCCAAGCACGGUGCAGCUUUGUACAAUUGCGUGGAUAUUGAAUUCGCCGAACCGACAGAGGUAGAGGAAGUGACGCGUGACAACUGCUUCAACUCGAGCAUCAUCACCUUUGGCGAGGUCUUCACAACAACGUCGCUCACGUCGGCGGCGGCGCCCAAGCCGUCGCUGAUGAGCAUGCUGCCUGUGUACAUGAUAGCAUUGUUCAGCUGGGCGAUGAUGUAG